AAAUGGAGAAAAAGGUGGGGUUGUGGGCGUUGGCCGUUGAGUUCGUGGUAAGUGGAUAGUGCCGCCCUCCUUUAACCGUCACUUUCAAAUAUUCUCAGAAAGAUAUACAAAUUGGUGAGAAAACCUAGAUUCAAGAUGACUUGGUUCUUCGUAGUACACAUAAAUUGUCGGAGAUUGAUAAAGAAACCAAGGAAGACAGUGAGAAAUCAAUCUGGGUUUUCAACAAAAAUUUGAGAGAGAGAGAGAGAGAGAUCCUAGUAAUGGAAAAACGCAAUAAGGAUGAUAUGGUGAUAAGGAAAGGGCCAUGGAUGGCAGAGGAGGAUGAAAUACUGAAGGAUUAUGUGAAGAAGUAUGGUCCCAGAGACUGGAGCUCCAUUCGAUCCAAAGGUCUUUUGCCUAGAACAGGAAAAUCUUGUCGGCUGAGAUGGGUUAACAAGCUUAAACCUGACUUGAAAACUGGUUGCAAAUUUUCUGCAGACGAGGAAAGGGUGGUGAUUGAUCUGCAGGCAAAAUUUGGAAACAAAUGGGCAAGAAUUGCAACAUAUUUGCCAGGAAGAACAGAUAAUGAUGUGAAGAACUUUUGGAGUACUAGGCAGAAGAGGCUGGGAAGGAUCCGACAAGCAUCACCUCUACCAAACAAAUCACAGAGGAAAAUAGAGAAAACUUCUGUUCCUACUGAAGCACAUAUUUUGGAGGCUCCAAAUUUCAGUGUGGUUUCAAUGGGGGAUGAAUCAUCGUCGAGCGAUCGAUCUGGUUCACAUCCCAAGGUGGAAAACUUUGAUGGAACCAAUAUGCAACCUAUACCAGAAAUGGCAAACCCAGACUUUCAUCAUCUGGAGACAAAUCUUCCCCUACUGGAUUAUAUGACUAUUGAGCCUAUUGAGAAGAAGCCCUUUGACCCCUUACCCCAAUUCCCCUUCCCACAACUCCCUGAGGACUCCAUGGAUAUCCCACUCAUGCCAGAAGGCCAAGACCUCAUAACUGGACUCUCAGAUACAAAUUUCUUGGGUGCUUUUCCUCAAGGCCUUCAUUUCCCAGUUGGAAUGCCAUAUUUUGGGUUUGAUGGCACUGGUCCAAUUAGUGGAAAGCAUGAGAGAGACAAUCCUGUGAUGCCUGAAAACUGCUUUGAUGACUUCCCUGUUGACAUGUUUGAUUACCUAGAGCAGGUUCCAAGCUCAUCAGGGCGGUGAUCUGGGUUCUCAGAAUAGGCUUACUUGGAUGUAUACCAGAAAGGCUUCAAUUGUGUUCUUUUUCACUCCUUGUGAAUGGUUGUUGUGUAGUAUGGCUAUAUUCAAUACCCCAGAUUCCUCAAAUGUACUGUGGAAGUAGUGACCAACUUUUGUAAUCUUUUGUGCUUUGUGGACAUGCAUGGAUCUGUGUUCUACGUACCAAUGUAAAGUUGCAUUUGCAAGGGAUAA